AUGAAGGGAAAUCCCAACAAGCGCAAUAGGAAUAAGUAUUUCCGCUUCCAUAAAGACCAUGGGCACGGCACGAACGAGUGUUUUGAUUUAAAGCAGCAGAUUGAAAAUCUCAUUAGACAGGGAAAAUUAAGAAACUUCCUUCGACGAGACAAUAAGGACGAGAAGUUAAAAGGAAAAGUAGAAAAGUCAUCAUCACGCCCUCCGCUUGGAGAAAUAAGAGUUAUCAUAGGAAGAGAUUCAAUGGGGCAAUCAUCCAAGUCAAGGAAAACAUACCUGAAGGUAGUACAGAACGUUCAACUCUCUAGACGAUCGCCAAGGACGAAGAACACGGACAAACAAGCCAUCACAUUCACGGACGAGGAUGCUGAAAGAAUUCACCACCCUCAUGACAACGCCAUCGUCAUCACUCUGCUCAUUGCUAACUAUACAACCAGGAGGGUGUUGGUGGACAAUGGAAGUUCCGCAGACAUUUUGUAUUACCCUGCUUUUCAGCAAAUGAGGGUAGGACGAGAUAUACUUCAUCUAAUGAAUUCACCCUUAGUGGGUUUCGGAGGAAUGAAAGUACAACUUGUAGGUACUGUUACAUUACCUGUGGUGGUGGGGGCGUACCCACAACAGGUAACCAAGGACGUAAAUUUCCUUGUGGUAGAUUGUUCAUCCUCCUGUAAUGCUAUAAUCAAGAGACCAACUUUAAAUAAUUGGAAGGUAAUCACAUCUAUUUACCACCAGUCAGUCAAGUUCCCUACGGGGUAUGGAGUAGGACAAGUGCAGGGAAAUCAGUUAGCAGCAAGAGAAUGCUACCUGGCCAUGUUGGCCAUGGACGAAUAG